AUGGCAGAACUGAGAAAGCUUAAACAGGGAAAACUGUCAGUAGAGCGCUACAUUGAGAAAUACCAGUCCUUGGUGAACCGAAGUCCUAUGGUGGCCGCGGAGCUCCACUACCAAUGGUUUAUAGAGGGGAUGGAUCCCGUAGUGUGGCAAACAGUGUCUGGCUGGGUCAUGGACAGGGAAAUGAGGGGCGAAAAAGUGGAACUUGCUGGCAUGAUGGAAUACCUUCGCAGAAUGGAAAAGAAAGACGCCACACCCACAGCCUUAGCUGAAAAGGAAGAAAGCGGGCACGGGAACAAUCCCGAUUUGGAACCAAUGGAUAUUGGGGCUGUGAACACCAAGCCAGCUAAACACGGGGCUAGAAGCGGCUACCUGAAGGGGCCACGCGAGAUAACGGCCGCACCUACAGACCCACCUCCAGUCAAUUCAGUACUUGUACAAGUACGAAUAAACGGAGAGGAUUUAAUGGCCCUACUCGAUACGCGAUGUGAAAUGGAUAUGAUAUCGGAAGCCGCAGUAAGGAAAUGCAGCCUACCGGUCUACUCGUUGGCACAAUCUCUGAGGCUACGCUUCGCAGAUGGCAGGCAGGAUACUAGAAUCGGCGGAACUAUGGGCGUAAAAUGCUCCAUCAGCUCUAAAACAGGGCACAUUCCUAUGACUAGGGACUUCUACGUUGGACCUGUUCACCACGACAUAAUCCUAGGCAUGCCGUGGGUGACCCAGUGGAAGGCGCAAAUGCGUUCCUCUGAUUGUGCCAUAGAGGUCAUUCCGCCUGGAAGUGAUGAGAGAGUGCACCUCUCAGCGCUCCCAACGGCAUUUGCAUCCUCUAUGGUUCGAGGUGUGGAGACUGUGUCCGAAGAAAAGGGGAGCGACGAAGCUUCGCCGCCGUGCAGAGGCACCGAAGAGAAUAACGGAGGCACCCACGCACUCCGUCAUGAUGGUCUGGCAAAGACCGCAGUUUUGGGGGAAUCGAUCCAGUGUUAA